AGUUCAUCUUCUUCUGUAGAACACGCGGCGUUGGAAUGUCUGUCCAGGCAACAACCAAGCGUAUAAUUAAGUCUUGAAUUGCUGUCGGUAGCAUCGCCAGUGAAAUGAACAUCAAUUUUGAGUUCCAUCCAACCUGAUAUCUGGACCCAGGAUAAACAGCUGUCAAAGCGUGAAGAUAUCUAUCAGUCAUGUAGUCAAUGCGGUCGGAGGUUAUGCGAGUCAGCAUCCAUGACGUCUUUUCACGCUUUUAACAGAUAG